AUGAGAUCUGGAAGGAUGACGGUGAUAAAAAUUUGCAGGUCUUUGUUUCACACAUCUGGAGUGUUGGGACAAAGUAAAAAUCUCAAAAUCAAAUCAGCGAAAGAGGUUGUGAAGCUCAUGAACUCAUCUGAUAAACCUAAUAUACGGGAAAAUAAAGAUGAUAGAGAUAAGCCAACUUGGCAGAAGCAGGUGUUGGCAUUGAAGCGAAAAUUCAAAGGUGAAAAAUGGAAUCCAUCGAAAAAAGUCUCCCGAGAAGAAAUGGAAAGUAUGCGGCUAUUAAAGAACCAAUUUCCUCAGAUAACUGCUCGUGAGCUAAGUGCCAGAUACAAGGUAUCCCCAGAGGCGAUCAGAAGGGUGUUGAAGUCUAAAUGGCAACCCAGUGAACGGGAAUCGAUUCGCUUACAUGAAAGAUGGAAACGAAGAGGUGUGCGAAUCAAGGAAAUGUACGAACAAAGUUCAGAACAGUCACCAUUAUUUCAGAACUUACCACUACCGAAGCGGAUAAGCAUAAGUUCAGCGCGCAGCUCACCGGACUUUGUGCUAAGGAACAUCAAGCCAAGAGAUGCGACAAAGAAAUUGCCCAAAACCGACAAAGCCGCAGCUCCAAGAAACAAGGGUAAGCUGUUUCUCUUAAAAGAUUCGCUGCGACAAAACAAAUGA